AUGGCCCGGCCGGUGCAGCUGACGCCGGGCUCGCUGGCGCUCGUGCUGGCUCGGCUGGAGGCCGGGGGCCCCGCGGACGAGGCCGGCGGCCGCGCGGUCUUCCGCGCCUUCUGCCGCGCCAACGCGCGCUGCUUCUGGAACGCGCGGCUGGCGCGCGCCGCCCCGCGCCUGGGCUUCGCGGGCUGGCUCCGAGGCCCCGCGCUGCCCGUGCUGCUGGUGCGCGCGCCGCCCGCCCGCCUGCAGGUGCUGCGCGACGCCUGGAGACGCCGCGCGCUGCGCCCGCCGCCCGGCUUCCGCCUCCGCGCCGUGGGCGACGUCUUCCCCGUGGAGAUGAGCCCCAUCGCUCAGUCUCAGUUCGUGCCCUUGGGUGAAGUGGUUUGCUGUGCCAUCUCCGACAUGAAUGCAGCGCAGGUUCUUGUAACCCAGCAGUCUCUUUUGGAGCACUUGGUGAAACAUUAUCCAGGCAUCGCAGUUCCAUCUCAAGACAUCCUCUACACCUGUCUGGGAACUCUGAUUAAAGAGCGGAAGGUUUAUCACACGGGAGAGGGUUACUUCAUCGUUACACCUCAGACGUACUUCAUCACAAACACCCCCACACGGGAGAAUAAGAGAGUCCUCCCGUCAGGCGAAGAUCACCUGGUGCCAAGGGCUGUGACCUAUUUGGUGAGCUUGGAGAGCCAUGCAGAGCGGGCCACGGAGAACAGGGCCCCUGCCUGCCACUGUCCAUCCUGCCGCUGUUUCCCCGACACACGCACCCAGGAUGCUGGGGACGUGCCACCUGCUACAGAAGUGACUAGGAAAGCCCACAAAGACCUCGGGGCAUCUUUGGCUCAGAGUCAGGCAGUCUCAGCAUCUGAAGAGGCUCACAUCUGUGUGAGCGGCAAACCUUUGCCAGACACAAAGGACAAAGAGAAAGGCAAGAAGUUUGGUUUUCGCUUCCUGUGGCGCAGCAUAUCUAGAAAGGAAAAGCCCAAAACGGAGCACAGCAGCUUCUCUGCACAGUUUCCGCCGGAAGAGUGGCCGGUCCGCAAUGAGGACAGCUGGGACAACAUCCCCCGAGAUGUCGAGCAUGAGAUCAUCAGGAGGAUCAACCCUGUGCUGACUGUGGACAACUUGGUCAAGCACACCGUCCUCAUGCAAAAGUACGAAGAGCAGAAAAGAUACACCAGCCAGGGCACUUCCACCGACACGCUGACGGCCAGGCGCAGUAAGUGUCCCUCCAAAGAGGGCAUCAAGAAAAGGCAGGCCCGGUGUGCCAAGCCUCACAGACGGGGCCACUCGCACAGGGACAGGCCCAAGGCUCGGGGUGGCAGGAGCGAGCUUCGCCCAGGCAGCAUUAGGCCCGAGAAGAGUGCCAAGGUCCCCGCGGCGCAGCCUGCCCCCAGAACCAACAGCUUCAAAGAUGGAGAAGGUCAGAAGCCGCUUACUGAGAAUCCAGCUGUGCUGGGUUCCCACUUGAUUUACAAAAAGCAAAUCACUAAUCCUUUCCAGGGCUUGUCUCUCAGAAGGAGCCCAGUGUCCAAGGAGCACAGCGCUGGCAAGACUGGUGAUCCAAAACCCAGUCAGGGUGAAGCAAAGGAAAAGUCUUUCCAAAGGUCAAGGUGUUCCAAGCCCUUAAGAAUCCUUAACGGGGAAGCCCAGCGACCGUACAGUGGGCAGUGUCACGAUAAACUUAACACAGAGUCCGCCUAUGUCACUAACUCCGCUGGCCUUCCUGUCAAUGAUGCCCCCAGAGAGGGCUGCGCACAUGACCCUCAGUGUAGGAUUCUGCGGCCCGACGGUCAGCACUGUUCCCUUGGGGAAAGUAAGCUGAGAGAUGACCACGGGUGUGGCGAUGAAAACGAGGUAAUGCCCGAAGCCUUCAGGAAAAGCCGUUGUCGCUCUGACAGAUUAGUGGAGACCAAAGAAACACGACAGACCCAUCAGUCACAAGGUUGCUCCUCUGCUUGUGGGUUAGUGGACAGCACAAUACACCAGUUUCAAAACCUUGGCCUUCUAGAUUACUCAGUUGGUACAAAGUACCUGAGGCAACAUGAGAGACCAGACAGGGACUCGGAAGAGCGGGUCACAAGGGCCCUGGUCCCGGAGGCAGAUGUUGUGAAUCUAGAAAAUGAAGGCUUCUCUGAUGAUGGCCAGGCCUCGUGUCAGGACGAAGCGGAGGACGACGGGGCCUGCAGUUCAUUGUAUCUGGAGGAUGACGACUUUUCUGAGAACAAUGACUUAUGCCAAGUGCUGCCUGGACACACCCAGUAUUUCUCCGCAGGUGGAAGCAGAUGGAAUCAGUUAGGAAAACCAGAAGUGACUGAGAGAUCGCCGAGUGAGCGUAACAACCAAAUGGAUAGCUUUGAGUCUCGGGUGCUUAAAAGAAAUCAUUGUCGCAGACCCUCCGAUUUGCUUUCGCAUCAAGAGGAAGACCAAAGCCCGGACCUCCCUGCUGAAAGCUAUGACCUACGUUCAGGAACCCGGCUUAGUUUUGGCUGUGAAGAGCCCCACGUUGCUGAGAGUGCGCAGGCCUCAGCCCCUGCCAGUGCCUCUUCUGAGGCCGAAGUCCUACAGGAUGUUACUGGGGACCCAGGACACAAACCAACUGGCUGGAAUCCGAGUCCUCCAAAUCAGGACGUGAGAAAACAUUUCACAGAAAAGUUAGAACUUUUCCACACUUCACCUAGGCCAGUGUCGGCCCAUGAAGUCCAGCAUGAACCCAACCACUUGGAAGGAACAGAAUAUCACAGUGUGGCAGGAGAUAGUGGCAUAGACUCUCCACGGACACAGAGUCUGGUUUCUAAUAAUUCAGUCAUUUUGGAUGGACUUAGAAGAAGACAGAAUUUUCUUCAGAGCUUUGAAAGCACAAAGAACAGUCAAACACUCACGUCUAAUUCAUUGCUCCAACUAACUCCAGUCAUAAAUGUUUAAUUUGUUUUGUGGAGGGAGGGUCUUAAACCUGUAGCCCAGGUUGGCCUUGAGUUCAUGUAUUCCUUUUGAUUCCGUAUCCUGAAUGCUGAGGACUACACGAAUGAGCCACCAUCCCAGAGCCAAAUGUUUGUCUUUUGAAAGUGCGUGGGGGGGGGGGGGAUAUACAUUACUGCAGAGCCCUUCGAAGCAGGGACAUGUAAAGACCUCCUAAAGCCAAAGAGAUAUACAUGUAUGUACAUAUUCACCUCAUUACAUAUUGCACUGUAUUUUAAUUACUGGCUUUCCACCUUUUUCUAUGUUUAGUGUAUUUUACUAGGCAUGUAUUGGGAAUAUAUUGAAAUA